UCGCACCAAGUACUUGGCAACAAUGUUAUAGAACAAAUCACAGAUGACUUGAUGUUCGGAAUGAAUUCUUCGUCUGCUUUUGUUUGUAUUGGCAGUUUAAUUUGAUAUAUAUUCCGUAUUAUGAAUUGACAUUACUUGGUAUUACGUUAGUUGAGACUAUAAUUAUCUCGUAAUCAAGUAUGGGAGAGGUAGAAGAAUUGGCGUUAGAGUCGAGAGGAUGUGUAGUUUCAUAUUCGUCUUCUUCUUGUGGUAGUUACGACGAAUGUUCGAAAAUAAUUGACGGGCAAAGGAACACAUAUUGGUGUACUACUGGUCUCUAUCCCCAAGUCUUUAUCUUAACUUUUCCAAAUCCAGUAAUUAUUUCAUCAGUUAAGAUUAGAAGCUAUUUUGUGCGAUUAAUCUCUCUGGAAAAAAGUUCUGCUGAAAGUCCACAACGAUUUGAGUAUGUUUGUGAGACAGAGCUUGAUGUCACAGACCAUUGCCACCAAGUUGAGUCAUUGCAUGAAGCAAAGUUUAUUGCACGCCACUUGCGUUUCACAAUUAAAUCUGGAUAUGACCACAUAUGUGCUGUGUAUAGAGUGGAAGUUCACGGUGUCCAAAACAAGUCUGGAGGAGAUGAAAUAAGAGAUGAUGAGACAGAUAUACCUGAGUCUGUUGGGUUAGUUACCACUCCAAAAAGGCAAGCUGGUAGAAACUAAUCAGUGGUUCAUGUGAAUGAAAAAACACAUGUGCUUAACUCUUAUCUGUCCAUACAACAUACUUUAAAGAGUAGCCUCUUGAGUGAUGGUACUAGGAUGCUUGUUGGCCUGUCGUCAGUAGAACAUGGAAACCAUACAUCAUCGUCCAUGGUACCUCGAUAAGGGAAUGAAGUCGAUGAUGAUGGAGAGAAAGUGUCAUCACCUAUGGAAAGAAUUAACUGUAUGGCACCACAUGAUUCUAAUAAAUUCUGAUAAUUUCAUUAAUCGCUAACACCUUUACAUUCUGUUGAUUUUGUGCAUGCCUGUCUGCACCAGGUGCCCCUUUGCAGCAGUUACGCUGCAAAUUGACGUAACGUGGACUCUGACCGAUUUUGUUCUGAUUUGAAUUUGUCUUGAGGUGUGUAUUAGUAGUGUCUGAGUAAUUAAUACUGUCUAAAACACUUAUUUGUAUCAAGAAGUAUUUUCAUGAAGCUGGUAAAAAAGAUAAUGUAAUAUUUCUGUGUG